AUGAUGGUCAAAUCUUCCACGGCCGUUCUGGCCUCUGCCCUCCUGGCAUCCGGCGCCAUGGCCUGGGCCAACGAGCCAGUCUGCAAGGUCGUCACCGUCACCGAGACCGGCACCCCUGUCUGGGUUCCUGUCGCCACCUGGGCCGACUGGGAGAAGUCCUCGUCCUCUGAGACCACCCCUCCUCCGGCUCCCAAGACCACCACUGUCUACACUGAGCACUGGGAUGACUGGACCAAGACCGUCCCGCAAGCCCUGACUGUCACCACCUACACCACCAUCCCGGUCGUGCCAACCUCCUCCGCCGCGCCAACCCACACCGGCAGCUGGGGUAACUCGACCGUCAGCACCGGCGCUUCUUCCACCACCGCCGCACCAUCCUCCACCAGCAGCGUUGCCCCCGCCGCCGCUACCUGCCCUGCCUCCAACGGCCAGACUGUUCAACCUGGCGGCUCGUGCGGCUGCUCGUUCGCCGUUCACUGCGGUGUCCAGGCUACCCCCGACGCGAGCUCGAAGUUCUGGGAGCAGGGUGGACUUGUCGACACACUUGCUGAGUGCCUCGCUCUCUGUGACAGCAAUGACAAGUGCGAGGCUGCUCUGUGGGUUGAUGAACCUUCGUCCGGCGACUACCACCACUGCUGGCAGAUCAGCGGCCUCGGCCAGCCAACCGGCACUGGUAUUGCCCAGAUCUCCUACAAGGGCACCUGCUCUGGCACCUGCGCCUCGUCGUACGGAUCUGCCUAA